UCCAUAUUGGCUUUACGUAUAUCAUCUUCAUGAUGGAAUAACAAAGUAGAACAACAAGAAGAGAAAAAGACAAUGGAGAAUGAAGAAGAAUUGUCCUCAAGGAGGCCAUCAAUAGGGUUUCCUCUCGGUUUAGCCCUUCUUUUGCUCUUGUUAUUCUGCAUAAGUGCUCUUCUUCUUUGCUAUUUCAACUGGCACAAGCUUCAGACUCUUAUCUUUGGAUCAUCCGAUCACGACGACUCCGACGACGAUAUUGAAUCAAACGUCGUGGAUCGUUCAUCAGAGUUUCAAGAUUCAUCUCCUGUCAUGAAGCCAAAAGAAAAAACUGUAGGGCAAACCUUGCUGGUUUUGAUGGCAGGAGAAAAGGUCCCAAGGUUCAUAGCAAUGGCUUGUCCAUGUGAGCCACCGAGAACGGCGAAGAUUGCCAUAACAGUAUCGAAACCUCCGACUGCACUCUAUUGA